GCAUCAGACAACGUAUCUAAUUUCUGGUCCGCAACCCGGGGUAAGAGCGCCACCAAUUGUUGUGGUUUAACCAAUUCAACAUGGCUGCGCCCAUGUCCAGGUUGCGUGUGGUGGAAUUCUACAGCGGGAUCGGAGGAAUGCACUACGCAGUUAAAGAAAGCCAUCUAGAUCAUGCCUCAGUCAUAUCAGUGGUUGCUGCCAUUGACAUCAACGAUCUUGCCAACAAGGUGUACAAACACAACUUCCCAAAUGUGAACCUCAUGCAAAGGAACAUCCAGUCGAUCACAUUAGAGGAGUUUAAUGAGUGGGAUGCGGACAUAUUUCUGAUGAGCCCUCCGUGCCAGCCAUUUACAAGGGUCGGACUGAAAGGUGAUAUCAAUGAUCCGCGCACUCAAAGCUUCUUCCAUCUACUAGAAAUGCUGCCACGCUUGGCCAAACUGCCCAACUACAUUCUUGUGGAGAACGUUCAAGGGUUUGAAACAUCACAUACAAGGAACCACCUUGUGCAGACACUGGCGCAGUGCAAGUAUACUUACCAGGAGUUUCUUCUGUCUCCAACCCACUUCGGUAUCCCCAAUCAGCGCCUGCGCUACUUCCUCCUCGCAAAACGUCGCCCUCUAGUGUUCAACCCCGUCAACAUUUCGCAACUCGAGCACCAGAGCUUGCAAAAGCAACAGCUUAAAACUUGUGAUCCAGUUUCGGAUUUUGGAAGUAAAAGUCCCGAAGAAGGCACCAAUGAACGAUUUGCCGCGACUUCAAACUCUGAUAGCCACUUGGAAGUAGAUGAACGUGAAAGAAAACAUUGCAGAUGUUGCGACAUUGUCGACACCGGGUCGAAAACCCACACUUGCAAAUAUGAAGCGCAGGAAUCCGAAAUCUCAGGUCAUCAUGAAGGAAGUUGCUCAAGUGAAAUCACAAACAGAAGAGUACCCAGUAGUCCCCAAACAGGGCCAGUUUCUGGACUUCUAAGAGCAGAAGCUGUCUGCGAAGAAUCCACAUCAUCUUGUAAGGAGGCUGUGAGCGAAGACAUUUCGGGUCACGAAGGAAGUCGCUCAGAUACAAUUUCAAACAGCAAAGAGGACAGUUCAGCUGGAGUUGUAGCGGUUUCCACUCGUCCUUCGACAGAAGAUUGUCAGGAAGAUGUUGGUUUAUCCAGUUGUGAAUGUGUAAGUGAGAGACAAGCAGAUCGGGGUAGCAGUGAUGAGAUUGCUCAAUGUACGACUGACAGAGGUUCCCUGGCUGCGCAAGCUUGCUUGCUCACGCUACAACCCAAAGAGUGUGAUGAGCCAAGCUCUCAAAGAACGAACGAUGAAAAGGAGUUUUCUUGCAAGAUUGUGGGCGACUAUGUGGAGAAUCUCCCAGCGGAGGUGGUAGAGCAGCUCCUCCUUCCUGACCGACUGCUGAAGAGGUUCGCCCGCAUCGUCGACGUCGUCACGGCGACCGACUGCCGCACGAGAUGCUUCACAAAGGCAUAUGGUCGUUAUGUUGAAGGCACCGGUUCCAUGCUUCAAAUGAACACUACCACAAAAGGGACAUCUCUCUUGAAGCAUUGUCAGAAAGACAUUGAGAGGAUCACGGAGAAGUACCUUGACCAGCUGAAGUGUCUUAGAAUCCGAUAUUUCACCCCGAGAGAGAUAACCAACUUGCAUCACUUUCCAGAAGCGUUUGUUUUUCCAGCCGAGCUGACUAGAAAGCAGCGAUACCGUUGCCUUGGCAACAGCCUGAAUGUUCACGUUGUGGCCGUUCUCCUUAGAUACAUGGUUACUGAGCGUGCCCGCUGACUUUCUACAUUUGUAAUUACUUGACAGAACGAGACUUUCUACAUUUGCAAUUACUUGACAGAAUGAGAAUUUAAUGUUUAACGUGUACUUGUAUCAGUAAGGGCC